AUGGUUAUCGGAUUACUCGCCAUCGCGGCUAUCCCGACUGUUACAGGCGUGGGUAACGCUGUGAGUGCGCAAAAGAGACAGAAUGAGAGCAUGAGCAAGGAACAGGAAAAGUUCCAUCUCACAUUUAUGCUACGGCAGAAUGGAAAGAUAGAAGAAGUUGGACAAGGAGUUUUGGUUGACAAAAAGAUGUAUCUCAACCUCUCAGACGCUCCAGUUCAAGGCUACAGAUUCCUAGGAUGGUUCUUCAAAUAUCCCAGUGAUGAAGGCCAUCUGGGGCUGGUGAGCAUGGUUUCUGACGACCCUCCAGCGCUCAACUGGAUCUUUGUCGACAAGGACACGCAUGCCGUGACCUUUGGGGGCAAGAAGGACACCAUCGACCACGUCAUAGGACCCUGGGGCUGGACGGCAGAUGAGAAAUUCCUGACACUCAAGGGCGACCAUGAUUCGUUUGUGGCGGUGCGAGGAGAUGAUGGGAAAUGGUCUGUCUACUGGGACCCGGAGGGUGAUAUCGAGGACGAGAUUGAUGAUGAGGAGAGAUGCCAGCCAGUGAGGCUUCGAAGGAGACCGCAGCUUGGCAUGGAGAGCAGCUAUGUUAAGAAGUGA